UAAUUGUAUUACUGUGCUUUGAGUUCAGUUGUUGAAAAUAUCUUCAUUUGAUCUUCUACCACACCGUAUUUGCUUUUUGUUAUCGUUUUUGAUAAUCAUUUACGAUUUAUAAGCGUAUGCAUAGCUAUUUUAAAACUCAGAAUCCAGUGGGCAUUCAAGUAGUUGGGACGCAUUUGCACAUAUAUACAUAUUCGUUUUGAAAUAAUCAACUUACAUACACUCUAUAUUGUGAAGAACAAGUAUUAAUGGCUGAAUUGACAAAUGGAAAAUAUUGCUUUGCAAUUGAUCGCGGUGGCACCUUCACCGACGUAAUUUGCAUUUGUCCAAAUGGAAAAGUGCGUACUUUGAAGCUGUUAUCAGAGGAUCCCAGCCGAUAUAGUGAUGCACCGCGGGAGGGUAUAAGACGCAUACUAAAGGAGGAAACUGGACGUGAUGUAACGGAGGAGGGUCUGGUGGAUACUAGUCAGAUCGGUUGGGUACGCAUGGGUACAACUGUCGCCACCAAUGCAUUACUGGAGCGGAAGGGUGAUCCUGUGGCGCUUGUGGUGAAUGAGGGCUUCCGCGAUUUGUUGUAUAUUGGCAAUCAAGCGCGUCCAAAAAUAUUCGACCUCAAUAUACGUAAACCGUCCAAUUUAUAUAAAACCGUAGUGGAAAUUAAUUGCCGCAUUGUGCCAGAGCAGGCAAAUCGCUGUCAAUUAGAACACACUUGGCCGCUGCUUGAAGGCACUUCGGGCGCAAAAUAUUUUGAGAUGCAGCCCGUCAAUGUAGCGAAUGUGCGUUCAGCACUGCAGCAGGUGCGCGAAGAGGGCAUCACAAGCGUGGCAGUGGUGUUGGCACAUAGCUUUGCGUGUCCCGUACAUGAACUGCAAGUUGGCGCAAUAGCGGAGGAGCUUGGAUUUACGCACAUCACGCUCUCGCAUCAAGCUAUGCCAAUGCGACGCUUAGUGGCGCGCGGUUACACAGCCUGCGCCGAGGCAUAUUUAACACCGCACGUAGAACGUUAUCUCAACAGCUUCAAAUCUGGCUUCGACAAAGAGUUGGCUGGCGUUGAUGUGCUUUUCAUGCAAUCGGAUGGCGGUUUGGUGCGCAUGGAGAACUUUCGCGGUGCGCGCGCCAUUCUCUCCGGUCCCGCUGGCGGUGUCGUGGGCUACGCAAUGACGGGUGCACGUGAAACGAACGCGCCACUAAUAGGUUUCGAUAUGGGCGGCACAUCGACCGAUGUCUCACGCUAUGCUGGCACCUAUGAGCAUGUGAUUGAGAGCACAACGGCCGGUGUCACCAUACAAGCGCCACAAUUAGAUAUUAAUACGGUGGCGGCCGGUGGCGGUUCAAUGCUUUUCUUUCGUUCUGGCCUCUUCGUAGUCGGCCCUGAAUCGGCUGGUGCGCAUCCUGGACCAGCGUGUUAUAAGAAAGGUGGCCCACUCACCGUCACAGAUGCUAAUCUUAUACUAGGUCGUCUAUUGCCGGAAUAUUUUCCAAAAAUUUUCGGUCCCAAAGAAAAUGAAGCGCUCGACUACGCCAUAACCAAAGCGAAAUUCGACGAAAUGCGCGCGCUGAUCAAUGAGCACCUGAAAAGUGGCGGUGACUCGAAGCAAUUGAGUGUAGAGGAUGUUGCUUUGGGCUUUAUACGCGUCGCCAACGAGGCUAUGUGCCGUCCCAUCAGGGCGCUAACACAAGCGCGUGGCCUCGACACGUCCCAGCAUGUGUUGGCAUGUUUUGGUGGCGCUGGCGGUCAACACGCCUGUUCCAUCGCACGUGAGUUGGGCAUAAGCAAGGUGCUCGUGCACAAGUACGCCGGCGUACUUUCCGCCUACGGCAUGGCGCUGGCCGAUGUUGUGCAAGAGACACAAGAACCUUGUGGUCUGGCGUUCUCAGCAGAAAAUGCCGCGUUCUUGAAGACACGCUUGGACGCAUUGGCCGCGCAGUGCGCCAGCAGUUUGCAGUCUCAAGGUUAUAGCAAAUUGGAAUUGGAGCCAUUCUUACAUUUAAGAUACGAUGGCACCGAUUGCGCGCUGAUGUGCGCGCCAGCCACCACAACGCAUAAAGAAGACGCAUUGCUUGCGGCUUAUGGUGAUUUCAUUGCCACAUUCCUGCAACGCUACCGCACCGAGUUCGGUUUCGUGCUGCAAAAUCGCGCAAUUGUUGUCGAUGAUAUACGCGUGCGCGGCUUGGGUAAGAACAAUACGCCACCUGAAUUGGAAAUUAAGCAAGCGGCGUUGGAGACACCAAAGCCACAAGGUUUUACACGCAUUUUCUUCGAGCAAGGCGCACACGAGUCACCGAUCUACUUAACCGCGAGCUUGUUGGCGGGCAGUAAAAUCAAUGGACCAGCAAUUUUGAUUGAUCAACUGUCCACCAUACUUGUAGAGCCCGAUUGUGUGGCAGAAGUGACGCAGCACGGCGAUCUGGUGAUAAAUAUUUGCUCCUCUAAUCGCACAGUUGUCGACUGCAAACUCGACGCCAUACAGCUGAGCAUCUUCAGUCAUCGCUUCAUGAGCAUAGCUGAGCAGAUGGGCAGGGUGCUACAACGCACAUCGAUUUCGACCAACAUCAAAGAGCGCCUCGACUUUUCAUGUGCGCUCUUUGGUCCCGACGGUGGCCUCGUGAGCAAUGCGCCACACAUACCCGUGCACUUGGGCGCCAUGCAGGAGACGGUGCAAUAUCAGUUGCGCGUGCGCGGCGAUAGCCUUAAAAACGGCGACGUUAUAUUGUCCAAUCAUCCACAAGCGGGCGGUUCGCAUCUGCCCGAUUUCACCGUCAUCACGCCGGUAUUCUAUCGCGAUCAACCGAAACCAGUUUUCUUCGUCGCCUCACGUGGCCAUCACGCCGACAUCGGUGGCAUCACACCCGGCUCUAUGCCACCGCACUCCACGUCGCUCGCGCAGGAGGGUGCCGCCUUUAAGUCUUUUCUGAUUGUCGAAGGUGGCGUGUUCCAGGAGAAACAUAUUGUGGUACGUCUCACCACACCAACCGCCGCCAAGGGCGCCACUGGCACACGCAAUCUGCCCGAUAACAUUUCCGAUCUGAAAGCGCAAAUCGCCGCCAAUCACAAAGGCAUACAACUCGUGUCGGAGCUCAUCGAUAGCUAUGGCUUGGAUGUGGUGCAGGCCUACAUGAAUUACAUACAGCAAAACGCCGAAGUCGCAGUGCGCGAUAUGCUCAAGGAAAUCGCACAAAAUGUCUUGCAGCGCAAUGGCACCACCACUUUGGAGGGCGUGGAGCUCAUGGAUGACGGUUCACCGAUAAAGUUGCGUGUCGAAAUCGAUCCCGUGCAAGGCAAUGCUAUCUGUGACUUCACCGGUUCGGGUGCAGAGGUAUGGGGCAAUUGCAAUGCACCGCGCGCCAUUACGCUCUCCGCGCUCAUCUACUGUCUGCGCUGCAUGGUCGGUCACGAUGUGCCACUCAAUCAGGGCUGCUUGGCGCCCAUCAAAGUGAUUGUGCCGAAGAACUCCAUCUUGGAUCCCUCGGAGGGCGCCGCUGUGGUCGGUGGCAAUGUGCUGACCUCACAACGCAUCGUCGAUACCGUGCUGAAGACCUUCAGCGUGUGCGCCGCCUCAUGUGGCUGCAUGAAUAACGUCACCAUUGGCGAUGAGGAGUGGGGCUACUAUGAGACGGUGGCGGGCGGUGCUGGCGCUGGUCCAACAUGGCAUGGCGCCGAUGGUGUGCACACACAUAUGACGAACACGCGCAUCACCGAUGCGGAGAUAAUGGAAUUGCGUUAUCCGAUCAUCCUGAAACGUUUCUGCUUGCGCACGGAUCAGUCUGGUGGUGCCGGCCAAUUCCACGGUGGUGAGGGUGUCGAACGCGAGUUGCUCUUCCGCAAACCGGUCACCUUGUCGAUUUUGACGGAGCGGCGCACGCUGCAACCCUACGGCUUGGCGGGUGGUCUGCCAGCUAAGCGCGGUUUGAAUUUGCUGCGCAAACCCGAUGGGCGCGUCAUCUCGUUGGGCGCCAAAACUUGCAUCGAUGUGGAGGCAGGCGACAUAUUUCUGCUGAAAACUCCCGGCGGUGGCGGUUAUGGUGUGCCGAGUGUGGCAGCCAUUGGUGGCAAAGUGAUAUCACAUGCAGAGAAGCAUCAUUUGACCGAACGCGGCAGUGUGUUUGAGUACAGGCAAGCGCAGGAGUCAGCUUGAAGAACGCCAUAAUAAGCACAACAACAAUCUCAAGUCAAAAGUGGCAUUCCAAUUAAAAUUAAAAUUUUACCCAAAAAGCUUUUAUAGCAAAUUUAAAACAUUUUGCCUGGCACAAAUGCAAUAAUA